UUUGUAGCAAGCGUGAGCUCCAAUGGGGGUGGGGAGGGGGGACAUUGGUUGAGCGGUGUCUUUAAGAAGAGCGAAUGGUGAGUGCUAGAUUGUUGCACGCUUGUUGAUCCCAGGUUGGUUUCAAUUGUCAAUCGCCGUGCGGAUUUCAUUCAUUCAUUUAUUCCCUCCCUCUCCAUUGUAUCAAUGGGACCUGUGGAAGCGGAUUUACUGAAUUUGUGAAGCGCAACUUGCGAGAUUGGAGGAUCGAAGGACGUGAGAGGUGGAAGGGGUGGGGGGAAAAAGCCCUGUCUUUAUUUUUAAAUUCCCAGCCUGUGCAUCCUCUUCCCACGCCUUCUCCCACUACAAUGUGAUAGAAGAUGGCGGCUACAAACGGUGCAGGCAAUAAAACCAACCCCAGUCCGUCCAAAACGCCGGUGGAGCUGGAUUUUAGGUCCGGAGCUAAGCUCGAAGACUUGAACAAAUUGAUCCAGGAAUUCAGCCGGCAAGACCAGCGGGAAUACGAUGACCACAAGGCCCUUGAAAUCCACACUGCCAAAGACUUCAUCUUCUCCAUGCUGGGCAUGGUCCAGAAACUGGACCAGAAGCUGCCCAUGGCCAACGAGUAUCUGCUGCUGUCUGGUGGGGUCCGUGAAGGGGUGGUGGACAUGGACCUGGAGGAGCUCGGCCUCUACGUCCGCAGGACGGACUACGACAUGGACUUCACCCUCCUGGUGCCGGCCCUCAAGCUGCACGAUCGCAACCAGCCGGUGACCUUGGACAUGCGCCACUCCGCCCUCUGCCACUCCUGGCUCAGCCUGCGCCUCUUCGACGAGGCUACCAUCAACAAGUGGAAGGACUGCUGCACUGUGGUGGACCACGCCAACGGCGGCGCCAACUACUUCUUCUCGCCCACGCGGGUGGCGGAGUGGUUCCACCAGGCCUUCACCCUGGUGCUGGGGGAGGUGCUCAAGAAGCCCCAGCGUGGGACCCCCAAGGUGGAGAGGGUGGAGAAGAACCAGACGGUGAUCUCGGUGGUCCUGGCCGUUGGGUCCAGCCGCGUCCUCUACGACAUCGUGCCGGUGGUUUCCUUCAAGGGCUGGCCGGCAGUGGCCCAGAGCUGGCUGAUGGAGAACCACUUCUGGGACGGCAAGAUCACGGAGGAGGAGGUGAUCAGCGGCUUCUACCUGGUGCCGGCCGCCUCGCUCAACGGCAAGAAGGAGAACGAGUGGAGGUUGUCCUUUGCCCGCAGUGAGGUCCAGCUGAAGAAGUGCAUCUCCACCAACCUCAUGCAAGCCUACCUGGCGUGCAAGGCCAUGAUAACCAAGCUCCUGUUCAAGUCCCGGGCUGUUAGUCCGUACCACCUGCGGAGUCUGAUGCUCUGGGCUUGCGACCGUCUCCCCACCGUGUACUUGGCCAGGGAGGGCUGCUCGGCGGGCUUCCUACUUGGCCUGCUGGACGACCUCCAGCAUUGUCUGGUCAACCGACUCUGCCCCAACUAUUUCAUUCCGCAGUGCAACAUGUUUGAGCAACUGUCUGACGAGACGGCGCUGCUCUACGCCCGCCGGCUGGCCGCCGUACGCUCGGACCCCGGUGAACACCUGCGCACGGCCAUCGAGCAGGUGCGUGCCGCCAACCGGCUGGCCGAGGGAGCCCCGCGGAGGGGCAACGGCCCGGGCACGCCCUCCCCCUACCCGGACGGCGGAUGCGGGGAGGGGCGGCCUCAGGAGGACCAUCUGGCCAAGAAGCUGCAGCAGCUGGUGACCGAAAACCCGGGCAAGUCCAUCUCUGUCUUCAUCAACCCCGACGACGUCACCCGGCCUCACUUCCGCAUCGACGACAAAUUCUUCUGAGCCAACUGCAGGGCGGAGCGUCGAGUCUGUGGCCCUCACCCAGGCACUAUCACGGCUGAGCUUCCUGAAGCAGAAUGGUCCCAUUCACACCUGGGCUCUGCUACCACGGACAAAUUGAGGGGUCCAAGAAAACCUAGGGUUUGCUUCCUCAGACUGACUUAACUUGUUGGUUCUGGUGAGCUGUCCAGUUUGGGAUUGCCCUGAGAGGGGUAUUAAGACUCCAGAAAUCCCCCUGACGAAACGAGCAACAUUUCUGCAAUGUGUACAGUGAGGUUAUUUCAUGAGAACAGAGGCGUGGUAGUGUUUGGUUUGCACGGUACAGCGGUAGAGUUGCUGCCUCACAGUACCAGAGACUUGGGUCCGAUCCUGACUAGGGGUGCUGUCUGUACGGAGUUCGUACGUUCUCCCUGUGACCACGUAGGUUUUCUCCGGGUGCUCUGGUUUCCUCCCACACUCCAAAGACAUGCGAGUUUGUAGAUUCAGGGGGCCAUUUGCCCUUCAAAAUUUGAUGGGUUUUCAUUUCUCGGUAUCUAGUUGGAGGCACAAAUCCUGGCAUUAACCCAUUUUGAAGGUCUUUGCGCAAACUCUUGUGUGCCCUACUGGAUUGGUUUAGAAUCUCAGCAUAGCAAAGACCACAUAUGUUGAGCUGAGCUGAGAGAGCUAAAGAUGGCUCGAGUCAGUCUGAAGAAGGGUCCUGACGUGAAACGUCACCUAUCCUUGUUUUCCAGAGAUGCUGCUGGACCCGCUGAGUUAUUCCAGCACUUUGUGUCCUUUUCCUGGAGGCGAGGAUCGAGCCUGGGUCUCUGGCGAUGUGAGGUAGCAACUCUACCGCUGCUCCACUGUGUCACCGCUAAAGAUUAAAGACUAAAGAUUACCUUACUACUGCGUUUAGGUCCAACAUAGACAAUGGGUCAAACUGCAAAUCAAUUUCCUUGGCAGAUGCAAAAAGAUUUAUUAAGAGUUUGUACAAAGAUGUAUUAAGAGUUUGAGAGCAAGAUAUUGGGCAGACUGGCAUAGGACACUGUGGGCAAAUAAACUUCUCAAUUCGCAAUUUGGUCCAUAAAUAAAUCUCAAAGUUAGCACCCGCAGUUGGGGGUGGAUGGGGGAGGGGAAUAGAUUGCCUUUAAAACCGAUUGCCGUAUGGACCAGUUGAGGAGUAGAGUGUUUUUACAUCAACAGCACCUCCGCUCACCAAUAGUAUCCAACUGGGAAGCAAGGAGACCACCUGGGUGGCACAGCCCGACAUGGGCACCCACAGCCGUGCUGACACGCAGGUUUUGGGCAAUGAAUUGCUACUAUCCCUCAUCCAGAUCCUAUGCUGUAGGAGUGGCAGGAAGAGUGCACAACCGUCAAAUGCCAACUGGUCACCAUACCUCCUUCAGAUGCUCCAACCUGCAAGGCAUUCAACUAGGAGCGGGAGGUCACCGAAUGAUGAGAGGAACUUUGUUCUACUCACACACCCUUUGCUGGCCCAUUGCAAUGGAGGCCAUCUAUAGGUUCGAUCCUCGCCUCGAGUGCUGUCUGUGUGGAGUAUGUACAUUUUCCCUGUGACUACGUAGGCUUCCUCCAGGUGCUCUGGUUUCCUCCCUCAUCCCAAAAACCUGUAGGCUAGCGUAAUAAUUGGUCUUCUACAACUUGCCCUAGUGUGUAGGGAGUGUAUCAGACAGUGGGAUAACCUAGAACUAAUGUGAACGGGUGAUCGCUGGUCGACGCCGACUCGGUGGGUUAAAAACUAAAACUGUAGGUUGUGACUCAAAUGAUCAUCCAGGUGCUCACGUUUAAGAACUUCAGAUGCUGGAAAAAUCGAAGGUAGACAAAAAUGCUGGAGAAACUCAGCAGGUGAGGCAGCAUCUAAGGCGCGAUAGAAUAGGUGAUGUUUUGGGUCGAGACUCUUCAGAGUGCUUAUUAAGCAUUCCAUUAAUCUGAACCACGCAUUGUGAGAUAUGGAUGGUAAGAAAACUUGGUCUAUUCAGCGUGCUGAUAAUGCAUUCAAAGAAUUUGAGACCACACUCUAGAAAUCUUCCUCACCAGGGGCAUGAAAUGCACUCUUCCUUCAUCCUUCCUGACUACUUAGUUACAGUUAGCUUGAACUGUGAAAUCAGCAGUGGCAUCUCUCAAGUGAAAUCUUGCUCACUGUCCUUGGUUUUGAAGCCACUUUCACCAUCCAACCGCAAUUUGUCAAAAUCUUGUUAAUUCUGGACUUUUAAAUGCCAACUAAUAUCUGGGAACAUUCAUUAUUGAAGCGACUACACUAUUGCCAGCAGAUAAGUGUUGGAAUUUGGGAAUAAUUCAUUUAAAAUUUGUCCAUUGAAAUUCAUCCAAAUAUUGGAUAUUGCCUGAAAAUUGUAACCUUUAUAACGGAUUGGUCUAUUUAUUCAACCCACAUCCCAUUUUGGACAAUUAAUUUAAAACAAAUUAAAAAUUUAAAAACGGGAUGAACAGCAAGUAGUUCAAUUGGCUCAGUGGUAUUUUUGGCUCUUAGGGCUAUAGGAAUCAAGGGAUAUGGGGGGGGGGGGAAAGCAGGCUACCGAUUUUUAGAUGAUCCGCCAUGACCAUAUUGAAGGGCCCAAUGGCCUACUCCAUCUAUUCUUCUAUGUUUCUAUUGUCACAUGUACAACGGUACAGUGACAUUCCUUUGCAUACAGUGCAGUCUAAUUCUCAGGAUACAUGGGUGUAAUGAUGUCUAAGAAUGUCGGACUAGAAGGUUACACUAAGACGGCACACAAGGUACAGCAGCAGAGCUGCUGCAUUGCAGCGCCAGAGACUGGUUUGAUCCUGACUACAGGUACUGUCUGUCUGGAGUUUGUACGUUCUCCCUGUGACCGUGUGGGUUUUCUCCAGGUGCUCGGGUUUCCUUCCACACUCCAAAGACAUACGGGUUUAUAGGUAAAUUGGCUUCAGUUAAAAUGUCCCUCGUCUGUAGUAUAGUGAUAAUGUAUGGGAUGAUCACCGGUCGGUGUGGACAUGUUAGGCCAAAGGGCCUGUUUCCGCGUUGUAUCCCAAACGUCUAAAGAGUCGCCACAUUUCCACCACCAUUUUCAAAUCCAAAGUGGUUAACAAAGUAGAAUCGUACCUUGGCCAUAAAGGCCCAUUGUCCUGGCGAUGGCACUGGGUCGUAGUAGCAAGGGUUGGCCUGGCCUGGCCUGGCCAGGUGAUGUUGUUGGUGUCCUGCUCCAUGCUGCUACAGGUCUAUGCUUGGACACAGUGCCUACUCCAUGUCAUACAGCAUAGUUGAUUUCACUUUCCAACCUGAUCUCGAGGUAAUUUUUAAAAAUCUGCAAUGGAAUCUUUCUUGCCCAGGUAAGACCAUAGGGCAUAAGAGCACAAUGAGGCCAUUGGGCCCAUCAAGUAUACUGCGCCAUUGGAUCAUGGCUGAUCUAUCUCUCUUUCUCAUCCGCAUUCCCCUGCUUCUGCCUGUAACCUUUGACACCCUUACUUAUCAAGAACCUAUCGAUCUCUACAACCCAAUCAUGGUCUUCACAGCCACCUGUGGCAAUGAAUUCCACAGAUUCACCCACCAAAUGGCUAAAAUAAAUACCUGCUCAUCUCCAUUCUAAAGGUACGUCCUUUUAAUCCGAGGCUGUGCUCUGUGGCCUGAGACUCUCCCUUCUCCUCAAUCGUCAAUGGUAGGUUUGGACCCAAACCUGCUUCAGUUUCUAUGCAAUUUCUUGGCACCAUUCAGUGAAUCUUGUGAAUCAGGGUUGAGAAAGAAACAGUUACUGUAAUCCUGUGCUUGUUUUCAGAACAAUGCAAUCUUUAAACUGUAGCCAAUUGCCAUGGAUUUCUGCCUCGAUGUUCAGUAGCUGUUGAAAUUCGCAGAAUGUUUGAGCUGCAAUCUAAUUUGCAUCUUGAAAAAACCCAACUAAAUGUAAUUUAUGGAUAAACUACACAUCACUUGUAACCAAUAGUGUUUUGGGCUUGGGUUUUACUAUUGCCACAUGCACCAAGGAAGAGUGAAAAGCUUUGUUUUGCAUGCUAUCCAAACAGUUCAGAUAUACUAUACAUAGAUACAAUGUUCAAACUCGAAUAUAAUAGAUAGGGCCAAGGGGAAGAUACAGAGUAGAAUAUAAUUCACAGUAAUAGUCAUAGUCAGACAGUGUGAAAACAGGACCUUCGGCUCAACUUGCCCACACCGACCACAUUAGUCCUACCUGCCUGCGUUUGGCCCAUAGCCCUCUAAACCUAUCCUAUACAUGUACCUGUCCAAAUGUUUCUUUAUCAUUGUGAUAGUACCUGCCUCAACUAUCCCCUCUGGCAACUCAUUCCAUACACACACCCCCUUUGUGUAUAUAAAAAGAAUGUCCUGUUUGUUUAUAUUUGGCCCAUAUCCAUGUACACCUUUCCUAUCUCUCUACCCGUCUAAGAAUCUUUUAAAUGUUAUUGUACUUGACUCGACUACCCCCACUGGCACCUCGUUCCAGAUGCCUUCCACCUUCGGGUUCCUAUUAAAUCUUUCCCCUCUCAGCUUAAUCCUAUGUCCUCUGAUUUUUCAUUCCCUUACUCUGGGUAAAAGACUGCAUCUACCCAAUCCAUUCCUCUCAUAGACCUCUAUAGGAUCAACCCUCAUCCUUCUGCACCCCAAGGAAUAAAGUGUUAGCCUGCCCAACUCCUUCCUAUAGCUCAUGUCCUUGAGUCCUGAAAACAUGCUCGUAAAUCUUCUUUGCUUAACAUUGUAGCACAUCCGUUCCAGAGACCAAGUCCAAUGUCCUCAAUGGGGUAGAGGUGAAUCAAACCGUAUCUUGUGGGAGGACAGUUCAGAAGCCUGAUAGCAGAGGGGAGCUUCUUAUUAUCAAGAUGAGCCAGGGCUGAAAGUAGUGCAAGGGAGACCUAAUCUUACUGUAAGUAAAUUGGCUUGGAUUGUGUGGAGGACUGGCAGUGAUGAAGGCUGUUAUCAAUCCUUCAAAGCAUUUCACUCUUGUUCAUAUACGAGCCACCUCCUCAGAAGCUGCUUCAUUGUUGUCAGUGCUAAUGUUAACAUUAGUCAUCUCUCUUUCAAUUGUGUCCUUGUGGUGAAGCUUUGAUCUUUGGCCUCUGUGCAUUGACGACCUACCUGUAUAGCGCAUCUUCGGGGAUACAUCCAUUUUCCACCCUGUGUACACGUCCAAGGCAAUGGAGAGGCUUCUGCUUGAGGAUUGCAGGGAUGCUCGGCAUGUUGGUCAGGGAGAGGACAAGUUCAUUGGUUGAUUUUGUUCUCCUAUGAAACUCCCGGGAUGCGACGAAGACAGCAGAAAUAAAAAGAAGAUUCAAUUUCAGUUCUUAAUGCAGGUAUGAUGUCCAAGCUUCACUGCUGUAGGGUACCGAGCUCAAGAUGCACGCUUUGCAGAUGGUUAUCUUGGACUUGAGUGUGAAUUUCCAGUUCUUCCAUGCCCACUUGGUUAGCCUGAAGGUGGUUUGCUGCCUUUCCUGCACAUGAUUGCUUUGCAAAUCCAGAGAGAAGAUAUAUAUCUGUCACUGUAGAUCCUAGGCUGGUGAAUUUGUUGACAGUGUCCAGCAGAGUGGUAUUUAGGGUGAUUUUAUGUGGGAGGGGAGUGCCCUGACCCAUGACAUCGGUCGUCUUAGCACAAAUUGUCAGUUGACGCUGAUUAGUUUAGUUCAGAGAUACAGCAUGGAAAUGGGCCCUACAGCCCACGGAGUCCGUGGUGACCAUUGAUCACCCUGCACACUAAAACUAUCCUACAAACUAGGGACAAGUUACAGUUUUACCAAAGCCAAUUAACCAAAAGAACCUGUACAUAUUUGUGGUGUGGGAGGAAAUUUUAGCACCCACAGAAAACCCACGCAGGCACAGUGAGAAUGUACAACGUCCGUACAGACAGCACCAGUGUUCAGGAUUGAACCCGGGUCUCUGGUGCUGUGAAGCAGCAUCUCUACCGCUGUGCUACCAUGUUGACCAUGAUGAUGAUCUCUGGCAGGUGGGUACUGUCCAUGGUGCUGAAGUGCUCUGGCGUGUGGGUGCUGUCCGUGGUGUUGGUGUUUUCUGUCAGAUGGGUACUGUCCAUGAUGCUGGUCCUCGGCUCCUCCUGGCCGAUCUAUAUUGUAACGGGUCAAUGGGACGGCCAAAACUCCAGAGUUGCCAAGAUGCUGUCAGGGCCUUUAGUAUUUGUCGCAUCUGAUGUUCAGAAAGGAUGUGCGGAAAUAGGAUGACAAGUUCCUUUGCCCUGUGAAGCUUCAAUUAUCUCUGUAGGAGGCAGCUCCAGGUGACGAGUUCAAUCUCACUUAGUUUGAGGGACAUAAUUAUGGAGGUAGAGAACUUCCUGGUUCAGAUGAUCCACUGAGUGAUUUAUCAACCAAAACUUGAGUUCUGAAUCCUUGGGGCCUGCGCCACAUGUUAACGUACUCUGCAUUUUAGACCGAGGUGAGAAAAGCUCUAUUCUUAAGCUGCUUAAAGAGCAAAACUGGGAAAUAUACCCUGCUCCACUCGUGGGAGAGGAUAAAAUGAGUGGGCAAUCAUUUCAAAAUCAUGUUUAUAGAAAUCUCAUCUCAUAGUGGAUCUCUGGAAUUCUCUACUACAGAAGGUUGUGGAAGAUUAGCAUUUAAGGAGGUAGAUCAUUCAUUAAAUUAUGAGGGAAUUGAGGAAAAUGGAGAAGGUGCCUGGAGUUGGCAGGACACCUGGGGAAGAAAAAGGGAACGAUAUGGGAUAUGUGGGCAGCACGGUAGCACAGCGGUAAAGUUGCUGCCUCACAGCGCCAGAUACUUCAGUUCUGACUACUCGUGCUGUGUGUACGGAGUUUGCACGUUCUCUCUCUCUGACCAUGUGGAUUUUCUCCGGGCGCUGUGGAUUUCCUCCCACACUCCAAAAAUAUACAUGUUUGUAGGUUAAUUGCCUCCGAUAAAUUGUUCCUAGUCUGUAGGAUAGUGCUAGUUUUCAGGGUUUGCUGGUCGUUGUGGAAUCGGUGGGCCAAAGGGUCUGUUUCCGCGCUGUAUCUCAAGUCUAAAGUAAAUAAAUCAACUAGGUGAUCCAGAAGAAUCUGGCGUGGGCUGACGGGUCUCCUCCUUUGCUGUGCAACAUGCCUGUUCAGGAUACAUGCAGAAGCAACUGUGAUGGGCAUGUGUGAAAUGCACAUCGACAAGCCAACUCCCUUGGCUUGGGGUGGGUGACUAGGCAGAUUUGACAGUAUCUCCAUCCAUUGGAAGAUCAGCAUGAGGAGAUGUGGAUCACUGGAGGGCGAGUGCAAGAGUCACCACUUCAUUGUUCCAUCAACACCAAAGGUGGAAGCAGACAAUAGGAACGAGGUCUAGCAAACCGUUUGCAUAGGGAAAGAUUUAACAAUCGGGACCUCAUAAUUUUAGACUUUAGAGGUACAGUGUGAAAACAGGCUCUUCAACCCAUUGAAUCCAUGCCAAGCAUCAAUCACUCGCACUAUCCUACACACUCGGGACAAUUUACAGAAGCCCGUUGACCUACAAACCAGCACAUGUUUGGAAUGUGGGAGGAAACCAGAGCACCCGGCGAAAACCCACGCAGUCACAGGGAAAAGGUACAAAAUCUGUACAGACAGCACCUGUAGUCAGGAUUGAACCUGGGUCCCUGGCGCUGUGAGGCAGCAACUCUUCCACCCACCACUGGCCUGAAAGGAAAAGAAAAUCUCUGGAUCACCUGAAUCUUAAGUUGGUCAGUGUAGAAGCAGGGUGAUGAUGCAGAUAAAAGUUGGUGGCAACAGUAAGGUAGACACCACAGGAAGCAGUGACCAAGUCCCUUUCUUGCAGACAGCAGUGUUCAAAGUGACGUUACUGCGAAGAGUGAGAUGUGGCUGCUGAUAAUACUUAUGUUCCACUUCAGGGACUUUAGGCCGCAGUAGCUAGUGUUGAACAGAAGGUGGUUCCUGCCAUAGACCAGUGAGUUACCGUGCUGAACUCAAGUAUAUGGUAGAACAUUGACCCAUUUAAUGUUAGCAUGCAACAUAAACUAUUCAAUGUACCUCGGUACAUGUGACCAUAAACUAAACCAUCAAAUGAACAAUGAAUGAAAAUGGUUUAUCCCUCAUUAAUGUGGACACAUGGAACUGCAGAUGCUGGUGUACACGAUAUGCUGGAGUAACUCAGCAGAUCACGUAACAUCUCUGGAGAACCUGGACAAGACCUAUCUGUGGUCUGCAGCGGCACUGCCUCACCCACUGAGUUGCUCGAGCUACAUGUCUUUUUUUUCACCUCUCAUUAAUCCUGAUUUAUUAGAGAAAUGUUGGAGCUCAAAUUGACCUUUCAGUUGGUGGUUCAGGUGAAGUAAACUUUCUGCCAAUCAUUCAAAAUUUGUUUGUGAGCUUAUUUUGAUGAUCUGUCAGACAAUCCCCUUGACUUCCUCUGCUCUGUAAAGGACAACACUCUGCCUACUAACAUGAUGGACCACGGCAUUUGAAUGACAAAUUUGCAAUUAUGAAAGUUGGUUGCUUGUAUAUUCCUUUUCAGGGCUUAAAAAUACAUUUCUCACCAACUAAGUCUUUCAUUGUAAAUACAGGUACACCCAAUUAGUGCACAGCAAGAUCCCACAUGUGGCAAUGAGUUGCGGGACGCUUUUAACGGUUGGUAGUUGAUUUUGGCCCAAGUCGACCGAUGUUACCUUUGGAAUCGUGCCUUGAAUUUCCCUCGGCACAUCUGAGACGGUUGCUGCACUGUGACAUCUUUGAGGACGCCACAUCUCGCGGUGCUGCAUCAAGUCCCUUGACCUGCGGAUUGGGUUCUAGUUGUGCCUCUGCCUCUGACUCUAUGCAACACCUUGGUUCUGGUAGAGAGGACCUCGACCUACUCACCUCUGAGGUUGAGGGGCACGAAUCCUGGAGGGGUCACUGAGGAAGAGUUGGCAGCCUCCACUCAAAGGAUUGACUGAUCUCUGUUAGAAGCCCUUGUGCGAUUUUGGUGAUUUAAUUUACUUUGGGUGGGGAGAAAAGAGUAAUGUGAAAUCUAUUAGAAUUACAAACAAGGAUUUAACUGGUGUUUGCAGCGGUCCUUGUCGCCAAGGUUUAAAAAUUAAAGUUGGCAAAAUAUGCAAUCUAAUUAUAAAAUAAAAUCUUCCAACAUUGAGACAUUA